GGCACAUCCCGGUGGCAAUCGGAAUCAGUGAGUGCAACCGUGACAGUGGGCGCGUGUUAUCAUGGUGGUCUUCAAAGUAUUACUGGUGAUUUCAACAAUCGCCAUUGCCGGAAGUGAACCAUUCUUCGGGAAUGACGUUAGUAUACCGCAGAGUGCGUGGCUGAAUCGCGAUGCACUAUGCGUGGCUAACAGUCUUGUGAGUGCGCGAAACGCACUUUCUUCGUAUGUUCGUAGUCCGCCGGUAAAUUCGGUCAGUUUGAAAGAAGGAGCAACCUGCCUUGCGCUGUACAUUUCCAACGUCACCAAGCUGGAGGGAGACAUCUACUUGGAACUUGGUCGUGCGGUUAACGAUCGCACUACCAAUCCGGCGAUAAUUUGCUCCAAACUUAACAAGCUGGUGGCCGACUUGAAGCCAUUACUGGCGAACUCCACUACGUACAUUACGUGUAUAAAAGAGAAUUUUGACACCAGUUACGACAACUACACGCAUGUCUAUUACAAAGAAUGGAAUGAGCAAUUCGUCUCGGAUGCUCUUGAGUUGGAACUCACUCUGAAGAAUAUUUGUCUAGCUAUUGAUUCCUUGCAAGGGAAAUUGAUACCUCAACAAUUUGUUGCUGAACUGUCGAAGAACGGAACGCUGCAGAAACUAGAAGCCGUAGCAUCCCGUCGAUGCCCACAAGCUACUGAUCUAUCAAUCGUUGCUAGUCUUCAGUAUACAGCCAUCAAUCUCGCCAACAACUUCCGUUCUACAUUCAACAGCCGGCUACAAACAAACAGACUAUCCGCGCGUACAACUGUGAACUCCUACAUCGCCAACUCGAACACAUCCCUCAACUCGAUUACCGCCGCCGUGGAACGGUUUGCCAAACACGUGGCAACAAUGGACGAUGCGUUUUUCUUCCGCUGGCCACAGGUACCGAGCGAACCGGUCAUGUCAAAGCGUAUACUGCUGAACCAAUCGAUCGAAGCAAUGACCAGAAGGAUAACCACGCAGAAAAGAUUCGUGGAAGAUUAUUACUUGCAGAUGAGCACACUUUUUGGCGAUAUUAAUCCACCCCAAACGUAUCUAGAACACGAGGCUGAGCUGGUGACGAGGACUUUGAUGAGUUGGAGUAAGUCGGACACCUGUGUAUUGAAUUUCCGAAAUCGGCUGAUCGAUCUGCCCGCUCAGGUGCACACUCAGCUGAGCAGAUGCGUCAAUAAUCAGGUCACGCUGGAACGAAACGGAGCGAACCAAGUGGUGUCGAUUGUGGGCAAUGUUUUGCAGCCCCACGUUACAAUCGUAUACGCGAACGGUGAGAUUUGCUUCAGUUAUCCCUUCAGUGCGAUGAGUAGGUGCUUGGAUGCGUUCGUUCACAAAAUCGAUUUCACCCCACAAUUCCAAGUUGUGGACUUCGGAAUGUUCAACCUCUUCAUCAAAACUGAACCGGAACUGUUGCUUUGCAAUGAGCGAUUGAUGAACUUCGUCCAGAACUUGGGACUCGGGGCGAAUUGUUUCAGCAAGGUUUAAUACUUUAUUGGACUUUAGGAUAAGCGAAAAAGUUAAGCAGAAAUAAAGUAAUAAUUCACCAUCGA